AUGGAGCAGGAGGAGAGCGAGCGCAAGGCGCUGAUCUGCACUCUGCAGAGGGAGGUCCAGCAGAAGGCGGAGCGAUUGACCGAGGUGGAGCUUCGAGUGAGGGACUCAGUACGUGAGAGGGUGGAGGAGGAGGAACGCCUAAAUCGCAGGCUGCGAGAAUACCAGUAUGGGCCCCCCAGCUCACGUGUCCCCCCUGUGUCUCUGCAGUAUGUGGUACAGACGGUGGAGGUGGAGUCGGGGGAAAUGAAGGCUGCGCUCAGCCAGGCGGAGGAGCAGACAUUGUACCUCCAGGAGCAGCUGGACAGACAUAACCGGACAUUGCAUGAGAUGAAGAAACAACUGCAACACGAACAGCAAGAGGCGGCCAAACUGCGAGCGCAGGUGGCGCUGUAUGCGGCAGAGUUGGAGCGGGUCCAGGCAGACAUGGUACAGGAGUUCCAGGUUCUCCAGGAGGAGAAGGCGCUGGCUGUGGCGGAGGCUUAUGACCAAGCCCAAGUGGAAAUGAGAGCCGUACACCACAGCCUGGAUGGUGUGCGCAAGAAUCUCCUUGUGCUGCAGCCAGCUCUGCGCACUCUCACCCAGGACUACAACGGUCUAAAGAGACAAGUGCGAGACUUUCCUGGCCUGCUGAACCAAGCCAUGAGAGAGACCCGCGAUGAGUUUUCCAAGGGCAUAAAAGGCGUUCAGGAUGCAAACACCGAACUGCUAUCUAAAUACAGAAGGGAACUUCACUUGCGCAAGGAGUGUCACAACCAGCUGGUGCGUCUACGAGGAAACAUUCGAGUCCUCGCUCGUGUUCGGCCAAUAACAGAUGAGGAUGGUACGGGCCCAUGUGCACAGAAUGUGGUUACCUUUGACCCAGAUGAUGAUGGGAUCCUCCAUGUGACACAUAAGGGGAAAUCUAUGAGCUUUGAGAUGGACAAAGUAUUUACACCAAGUGCCACCCAGGAGGAGGUUUUCAAAGAAGUGUCUCCACUCAUUACAUCCUGCUUGGACGGUUACAGUGUCUGUAUUUUGGCAUACGGUCAGACGGGUUCUGGUAAAACUUACAGCAUGGAGGGUCCUUCUGCUAAUCCAGGCAUAAACCAGCGGGCACUGCGCCUUCUCCUCUCCGAGGUCAGCAAGCGGUCUGAUUCCUGGGAGCACCAUCUAAGCGUCAGCAUGGCUGAGAUCUACAACGAGUCGCUGCGGGACCUGCUGGGUGCGGGCAAUAAUGCCUCUUUAGAUAUAAAGAUAUCUCCUGGCAGUGCCGGUGAGCUCUACGUUCCGGGUCUGACGCAGCAGAGUGUACGCGGCAUACAGGACAUCAACAAGAUCUUGGAGUUCGGACACAAACAACGAGCCACAGAACAUACCAACCUAAACACUCACAGCUCCCGCUCCCAUGCCCUCCUUAUCCUGACUGCACGGGGCCGGGAGACCAGCACUGGCAUCUGUACAACAGGGAAGCUCUAUCUGGUGGAUCUGGCUGGAUCAGAGAGGGUAUAUCGCGUUCAGGUGCUGCUGGGGAGCGCCUGCGGGAGGCCCAGUGCAUCAACCGCUCUUUGUCUGCUCUGGGUGACGUAUUCUCGGCGCUGCGCUCCAAUCAGGCCCACAUUCCAUAUCGAAACUCCAAGCUCACCUACUUACUGCAAGAGCCGCUCAGCCGAGAUGGCAAAGCUCUGCUCCUCUUACAGGUGUCCCCAGCUGAAAGGAACAUUAGUGAGUCGCUUUGCUCCCUCCGCUUUGGAGACCGAGUCCGAGCUGUGGAACUAG